UUGUUGUCAACUGCUAAUUGUCAAGUCUAAAUUACCUUUGCAGUAAACGAAUAAAUAACCUUAAAAUUUUGUUUUCAAAUUUGUUUUUAUAGAAACUGUAAAUACAAAAACAAAUACAAAUCUAACGCUAGAUACUUUAAAAACUAAUAAUAUAAUGGCGUCAAAAGAAGGCAAUGAAAAGGCUAAGGGUGCACAAGGUGCUGGAGAUAAUAAGGAGAAGCGACGAAAAGAGUCUAUUUUAGACUUAAGUAAAUAUUUAGAGAAGAGCAUUAGGGUUAAGUUUGCUGGUGGAAGAGAAGCAGCGGGAAUCCUAAAAGGCUAUGAUCCAUUAUUGAACCUUGUGUUAGACAAUACUACUGAAUACUUAAGAGAUCCUGAUGACCCCUACAAAUUACUUGAUGAUACUAGGGCAUUAGGACUUGUGGUAUGUCGGGGUACAUCUGUUGUUUUAAUAUGUCCUAUGGAAGGCAUGGAGGCAAUACCCAAUCCUUUCAUAGCUCAGGAGUAAUAUUAAUUCAUAGUAUUAAGUAAGUUGUUAUUUAAGUUCUCAAAUAAAAGGCAUUUUUCAUA